GCGGUAGAAAACAUGGAGGCUGCGAGCUUUCAGCCCCAUCCCGGACUUCAGCAAACUCUGAAGCAGUUCCAUUUGAGCUCCAUGCGUUCGCUCGGCGGACCGGCGGCGUUCUCGGCCCGGUGGCACCAGGACAUCCUGUUCGGCAAGGAUGGCAAACCCGCCGAGGUGAUGCUGAAUCUGCCGGCGCAGACCCCGCCGGUGAUGUCCGGCCCGCUCUUCAUCCCGUCCGACCGCUCGACGGAGCGGUGCGAGACGGUGCUGGAGCGGGAGCCCAUCUCCUGCUUCGUGGUCGGCGGGGAGAAGCGCCUGUGUCUGCCGCAGAUCCUCAACAGCGUGCUACGGGACUUCUCCCUCCAGCAGAUCAACUCCGUGUGCGACGACCUGCACAUCUACUGCUCCCGGUGCACCGCGGACCAGCUGGAGAUCCUCAAAGUGGUGGGCAUCCUCCCCUUCUCCGCCCCGUCCUGCGGGCUCAUCACCCAGACGGAUGCUGAGCGCCUCUGCAACGCGCUCAUCUACGGCGGCGCCUACCCGCCACACUGCAACAAGGAGCUGGCGGCCGGCUCGCUGGAGUUGGAGAGGACGGAGAAGAGCUUCAAAGUGUACCACGAGUGUUUCGGCCGCUGCAAGGGCUUGUUCGUGCCGGAGCUGUACUCCGGCCCCGGCGCCGCCUGCAUCCAGUGCAUGGACUGCAGACUCAUGUACCCGCCUCACAAGUUUGUGGUCCACAGUCACAAGAGGCUGGAGAACCGGACAGUUCACUGGGGCUUCGACUCCGCUAACUGGCGGGCCUACGUGCUCCUAGACCCGGACUACACCGGCAAGGAGGAGAAGAGUCACUGGGAGAAGCUGCUCAAAGAAAUAAAAGGGAAAUUUGAUAUGACGAACAAGACCGGUAAACCCUGCAGAUCCCCGAGUCCAGUCCCGGCCAAGAAGUCCAAAUUGGACAAAUUGCACUCCCUGUCAGCUGAUAACGAUAACCAACCCGAUUGGUUCCAAUCCUUGUCAAAGUCUGCAAACAAGGACAUGAAACAAGUCCAGCUGAAACAGAGACCCUCAGCAUUUCGACCCUGGUCUCCCAGAACUCCGUCUGCAGAAAAGGAGAAGCCCGCCACUCAGAAUGAGGCUGAAAGGUCCGCCUCAAAGUCGCAAGAGAAAUCGCUGGUUCCCAAUCUGACGCUUACUCCCCUUGCCUACCACAGAGAAGAGCGCUCCUCGCUGGCUCAUCCUAGAGAGAGCCAUGCCCCAGGCAGGGGGCCCACAGCCAGCUCCAGACCACCACAGGGAUUACAUAAUGGAGAAUCACAAAUGGCACCAAAGCCUGCCCUUCCCAACAUAGCCAACGGUGUUGGCGACAUGGACACAGAUGGGGAGAUUGAUGUGGAUGACUGUGACGACUACCCAGUGCCAGCAUCCGCUCUGGCAUCGCCUCCCUCAGCCUGCCCCAGUGUAUGCCAGCCCCUGACCCCUCAGAGCGGUGCCAGGCCUCAGGAGGGACCUGCCUGGGUGUCGGGGAUGCCCUGCCCGGAGCUGGACUCCCUGAGGCAAAUGCUUUAUGGAGGCUUGGACACCAAAGAGGCCAGGGAAAAGCUCCUGCAGGAGAUAGUCCGGAUGAGGGUGAAGCAGGAGGAGAAGCUGGCAACAGCACUGCAAGCUAAACGUGGCCUUCAGCAGGAGUUGGAGUUUGUGAGGGUAGCCAAGAAAGGCCGUCUCCGCGAGGCCAUUGAAGCCAAGCGCAACCUGCGAAAGGAGAUUGAGCGCCUUCGCAUGGAUUGGGAGAGGAAGAUGAGGGAGGCAGAGGAAUCGUGCGGGCGACUGAAGAGGGAGUUGGACAGGGAGAGGCAGCUACGGGUUUGCGACAAAGGCUGCGAGGCUGAGCGUCUUCGGGCGAAGUACUCCACACAGAUUGAGGAACUGCAUGUGCAGCUGCAGCAAGCAGAGGCCGACCGGGAACAGCUGAGGCUGGAGCUCCAGCAGGAGAGGGAGGCCCGGAAGAGCCUGGAGAGCGUUGUCAGAGACCUGCAAACCCAGCUGGCCCAGCAGGCGAACAGCGGCCCUCCUAUAGACUCCCAGAACACAAAAACUGACACACACGGACAGAUCACACAACACACCAAUGGAUCCUAAUCUUGCACAUUCAAAAACUGGAGUAAGAGACUGGACAGUAAAAGAGCGCGGCUAAGGACUUUGUUGCACCUCUUGUUCGGGAAAGAAAUUGAGUGAAACGCUAUUUGCAAAGUCGGUUUUCGUUUGUUUGUUUGUUUGUUUUUUCCUAAAAGAAAUAGAAAUUGUCAUUGAUGUGAUAAGAAUUGACAUUGUGAUAAUAUAUGAAUUUUAUGAAAUGAACUGGAAAGUAGCAUGAUGUGUGAGCAUGUUGUAGAGCGUGAAAAGGUUUCUACCGUGAUGAGUGCACCUCUCAGAGCCCUCAGUUAGAUAGAUACCUGACGCUGUUCAAGGAUUUUAUUUUGGUAUAAGCUAUUCUAAGAUGUGCAAAUAUAGCCACAUAACAUUACUUGAAUACGAAAGAAAGAGAACAGGUUGUGCUUGGCGAAACAUAAAAAGACAGUAGACGAUGAGCCUCUUGCCGGUGCCACGGAGCGUGGGCACACUCAAAGGUGUCAUUGCAAACCACUGGAAACAAGGGACACCAGUUUACCACUAUUUACUUUUAAUAUCAGCUUGCUUUCUAUAACUGUUUUGCAGAUGUACUUUUUAAGAAAUGUUGCUUGCGCAGCACCGCUAUCCCACAGGCGAGGCCCUCAUAUGAAAGCAUCCAUAUACGAACAUGUACGCAUGUAUACCAACUUCUUUAACUUUUUUAUUUUCUCAAGUAUCGGAGAUUGGGUGGCCUGCCUUCAGGUCCGCCGUCGUUUUAUUAUCAUUGUUAGAUAUUUUACGGAAGUGUUACUUUUAAAUGCUCUGACACAACUUGUUUUGUUGGUUCAGCAUUGUGUUUUCUGAUACUCUUUUUUUUGCAACCGAACCAUGUUACAAAUAACAAAUGUUCCUGCCCUUAUUAGUGAGCUGUGCAGACGAGUCCGACAUCGCCCUGUUGAAAAUGAAGAAAAACAGAAAAAAAAAAUAAGAAAGAAAAGAAAACAACAUUGAUAGCUGUCUUGUUUUUUGGUACUUCUGAUUUUCUAUUGAGUAUUGUAAAUUAAUUUAUAUUCUAUAUGAAUUUGCUGCCUCUCAACAUUUAGCAUUUGUUUUAGUCACUGGUUUUAGGGCUCUUAAAUCAACAUAUGCUGUUUAUAUGAACAACAUUUCUACAUAUAUACAAAAUAUGGAUAUAUUUUUUUACUUUAAGAAAAAUGAAUUGCACUUUUUAAAAAAAAAGAAAGAAAAGAAAAUUGCAUCGUGCAUUUUACUCCCUAUUACGUUUUUCAAGUCCCCAGUGAACAUGAACCUGGGAGUUUUAACACGCUCCCCCAGUGUACUCUGGUGUAAAUACAAUGAUGUUGUACAUAAGAUAUCUGUUGGUAUGUUUGCUUGCUUUCAGACCUAAACUGAUUACUGAUCUUAUUUUUUGCUCUUACUUGAAACCAAAAAGAAACUAUAUUUGGAUUUGCAAUAUUGACGUUUCGCUGAUGUGCCCUGCGGUAUCGUUGCAAUCACAGGGCAUUUAGCAGAGAGGAUGGAGGACCGGUCUGUGUGCACGAGGACAACCACACAAACGUUUGUCAUCACCUCCGCCCAUCUGUUUUGUUUUGUAUUACUGACACUCUAACAGAACAUUACACCUUUUACCUUUAUUUGGUUAUGUGACAUGAUCUCCAAUGUUAAUGGAUUAUACUACAACCGCAGACCAAAAACGUGAAAAAUGAAAUUAAAAUCUCCGUUUCUGUUCCCUCAUCAGGCCUCAUGAUUAAAAGUCCAUAGUGAGAUAGAAUAAAAACAGAUACUUUCCAUGGUUUAAACCUUAGGUGCUCUCAUAUAUAGUAUUAGACAAAAAUCACUUUUAUGUCUUAUCUUCAUUAUACCCCUGAAUAUUGGGUACAAUGUAAUAGCAGUAUGCUUUGUGUUAGCCGAUGCUGUUGUAGUUUUGGUUUGGCAGUGGGGUUUCAUUUUGCCGCUUAUUUCAAUGUUUUCUUUUUCCUUCGGAGAAAUUGUAUAAUCCCCAUUAA